CACCACCUCGCCGUCAUGGGGAAGUCGUUCGCUAACUUCAUGUGCAAGAAGGACUUCCACCCCGCCUCCAAGUCCAAUAUUAAAAAGGUAUGGAUGGCAGAACAGAAAAUAUCUUAUGACAAGAAGAAACAAGAAGAAUUAAUGCAGCAAUAUCUUAAAGAGCAAGAAUCUUAUGAUAACAGAUUGCUUAUGGGAGAUGAACGUGUCAAGAAUGGUCUAAAUUUUAUGUAUGAAGCGCCACCUGGAGCAAAGAAAGAAACCAAAGAGCAGGAGGGAGAAACGGAAUACAAAUUUGAAUGGCAGAAGGUAGCUCCACGUGAAAAGUAUGCUAAGGAUGACAUGAACAUUAGAGACCAGCCAUUUGGCAUCCAGGUGAGGAAUGUGAGAUGCAUUAAAUGUCACAAGUGGGGCCACGUAAACACAGACCGAGAAUGUCCUUUGUUUGGCCUUUCUGGAAUUAACGCAAGCUCAGUUUCCAGUGAUGGCUCAGGGCCAUCAAUGCACCCCUCAGAGCUAAUAGCGGAGAUGAGAAACAGUGGGUUUGCGCUGAAACAAAAUGUACUGGGGAGAAACUUGACCGCAGAUGAUCCAUCCCAGGAAUACGUUGCAAGCGAGGGAGAAGAUGACCCAGAAGUAGAAUUUCUGAAAUCCUUGACAACUAAGCAAAAACAAAAACUUUUGAGAAAGCUAGAUCGCCUAGAGAAGAAGAAGAAGAAGAAAGGCAGAAAGAAGAAAAAGCAGCAGAAGCGAAAAAGUAAAAGUAAACACAGAAAACAUAAGAACAGAUCCUCUUCCACAUCCUCUGGUGAGUCUUCAGCAAGCAGCAGUGAUAGUGAGACCAGCAGCCAAGAUAAAGCCCCUUGCAGAAAAAUGGAUUCUCAGAAAAAAAGGAGAACCAAGUUUUCAGAGACUGGCAGCAGUGAUUCUGAUGAGAAGGGGAAGAAGAAACUUUAUAAAGAUCUCUCCAGCAGCCGUGAUAACAAGGACAAAGAUAGAGAGAAGGGUCAACUUUUAAAGGAAGAUCGUUCUUGGGAGAACAACAAAUGGGGCUCCUGUGAGAGCAAGAGAAAGCCCACAAGGAAGGAAAGAAAGGAAAACGCAGAGGGGAGAAAAGAAUUGGAACGAUACAGGCACACGAGCAGGAGCCGCAGCAAGGGAGAGCGGGGCUGGCGAAGCUCAGAUUCAAGGCCGCCGGCUUACAGCCCCAGUGAGGAAGGAGACAAGAGAAAGGAAGCAAAAAGCCACAAUUCAGAGGUAAGCAGAGAGCAAAGGAAGCGUAAAGAGAGCCAUCCUGAUGAAUACGGUAAAAGAGAGCACCGAGAAAGAAGCAGAGAGAGGAAAAAAUAGAGAAUGUGGGUGGCAUGUGCAUUUUUUUUCUUUCUCUUUCACAACACCUCUUGGGAAGGGCUCCUGCUGUGCUCUUCUGCAUCUGACAAGUUUUCAGAAAAAUGUCAGCCUCGUACUUCAAACGUUCUUGUACAUAUGUUGCAUCUAUCUUGUAAACAAAUAAGCAAAUAAACACAAACCAGGGA